GGGGGCGACAGGCUGGCCCUGGAAUGGGAGAGGGGCCGCGUGUUUGACCAGGAUGUGGCGGGGAUGUUCCUCGCCAACGUCAAGGACGCGCGCGCGCUCAAGGUGGGCCGCCUGGUGGUGUCUGUCACCAGCAAGGAGGAGCGGCGGCCGCGCCCCCACGGCCUCAAUACGGUUGAGCUGCUCAAGGCCGCAUCCUCGUCGCUCAACAUGGGCCCCGCGCACGCCAUGCAGGCGGGUGGGGGGCGCAGCAUGGUCGAUGCAGGGCGCAUGGGUGAUGGUGGCGGCGACAACAAAAUUGCAGAGCGCCUGUACACCAGUGGCUACCUGUCCUACCCGCGCACAGAGAGCAGCGCCUACCCCGAAAACUUUGACCUGCAGACGGCCCUCAGGGCGCAGGCGCGCCAGCCCCUGUGGGGGCAGUACGCGCAGGCCGUGAUCGCGGCUGGCGCGGGACUGCCUAAGGGGGGCGUUGAUGCGGGCGACCACCCGCCCAUAACGCCCGUGGAGCCCGCCACAGAGGAAGAGCUCGGCGGCGGCGACGCCUGGCGCCUGUACGACUUCUGCGCGAGGUGGUUUCUGGCCUCUGUGUCGCCGGACUGCGUGGUCAGGAAGACCAAAGCAGUGCUGAGCGGCGGCGGCGAGGCGUUUGUCGCGGGCGGCACUGUGGUGUUGAAACCGGGCUUCACGGCUAUCAUGCCCUGGAGGGCACCCCAGGCGGAGCCGCUGCCGGUGCUGCAGGAGGGGGAGAGCCUGCCCCUGCAGGCUGUGGAGCUGGUGCAGGGCAAGACCAGCCCUCCCGACUAUCUGACAGAGGCUGAGCUCAUUGAGCGCAUGGAGAAGCACGGCAUAGGGACGGACGCCAGCAUCCCCACCCACAUCAACAACAUCGUGGAGCGCAACUACGUGAAAGUGGAGCCGGGCCGUAGGGUCGUGCCGACAGAGCUGGGGGUCACGCUCAUCAAGGGGUAUCAACUGAUUGACGGGGAGCUGUGCAAGCCCCAGGUGCGUGCCCACGUGGAGGCCCAGAUCAACCUGGUGGCUCAGGGGCAGGCCAAGAGGGAGGCCGUGGUGGCCCACACGCUGGAGCAGUUCAGGGCCAAAUUUGCGUUCUUUGUGGCCCACAUCUCGCGUAUGGAUGCGCUGUUUGAGGCCAGCUUCUCGCCCCUGAGCUCCUCAGGUCGGCCCAUGUCAAAAUGCGGCAAGUGCCGGCGCUACAUGAAGUUCAUCGGGGCGCGGCCGCAGCGGCUGUACUGCCCCACCUGUGAGGACGUGUACGCUCUGCCCCAGGGCGGGCAGAUCAAGCAGUACAAGGGGCUGACCUGCCCCCUGGACGGCUUCGAGCUGCUGCUCUUCAGCCUGGCUGGCCAGGAUGGCAAGACGUACCCCCUCUGCCCCCUCUGCUUCUCGUACCCGCCCUUCGAGGGUGCGGUCAAGGUCGGGGGCGAGGGCGCCAGCAUGAAGCCAGGAAUGCCCUGCACCACCUGCCUGCACCCCACGUGCCCUGAGUGCCAGGCGGGCAUGCUGGUGCUGGACCCAGUGUCGGGCCCCAAGUGGCGCCUGGAUUGCAGGCAGCUGCUGACCAGCUUCGCCCCGCCCUACCUGCCCCCUCCCAACACCCUGGAGUGCGCGUCCCGCCUGCUGCAGCUGGAGUUCAGGAAGGGCGCCUCGGCGCCCGGCCUGCUGGCGGGGGGCGAGACGGGCUACGAGGGCUGCGUCGCGUGUGAUGAGCAGCUGGCAGCGCUGUGCGAGGUCAAGCACGGGCGCACGUGGGUCAACCGCGGAGGCGGCGGGCGGCGGGGCCGCGGCCGCGGGCGGCGGGGCCGUGGGCGGGGACGGGGCCGCAAUAUCGACCCAAAAAUGUCGUUUGACCAGUUCUGA